AGUCACCAACGAGUUUUUUUCUGAAGACGAUGCCCAUUUUUUAAAUGCACGGUAACUCAGGAUGAUGGUGAAAACUCUGCCAGCCAGAACACUCCUGUUCUUGGGGUUGUGCCUGGCUGGACGCCGCGGUUUCGCCUCUGCCCCGGAAGUGAAGCAACCUCCCAAGAGGAUAGCGGUGAUUGGGGCAGGCAUUGGGGGUACAGCAACCGCCUACUUUCUGCGUCAGGAGUUUGGGACAGGGGUGAAGAUUGACAUCUUUGAGUCUGGGACAGUUGGGGGCCGACUGGCUACUGAGGAGAUUGGAGGGGCUGAGUAUGAGACGGGGGGUGCUGUCAUUCACCCUCUCAACCUUCACAUGAAGCACUUUGUGGACAGACUGGGCCUGUCCCAGCGUACUGAUGUCCCUGGCAAAAUGGCCAUCUUUGAUGGUGAGCAGUUGAGUUUCCAAGAAAGUGAUUGGUUCAUCAUCAACUUCCUGCGCAUGCUGUGGCGAUACGGCUUCAACUUCCUGCGCAUGCAGAUGUGGGUGGAGGGUGUCCUGGACAAGUUCAUGAGGAUCUACCAGUACCAGCAGUUUGGCUACUCCUUUUCCAGUGUUGAAAGGCUCUUGCAUGCUAUGGGCGGGGACAGCUUCCUUCAUCUGGCCAAUCAGACACUAGAGGAGGCCAUGCUGGGAGCAGGUUUCUCACAGAGCUUCCUGAAUGGCAUUGUAGCACCUGCCACCCGCGUCAACUAUGGUCAGAGUGUCCGCAUCAAUGGCUUCGUAGGGGCGGUGUCCCUGGCAGGGACAGAUCCAGGGCUGUGGGCUGUGGAUGGGGGCAAUAAGAAGGUGUGCUCAGGGCUGCUGUACCACAGUAAGGCAGAGCUCAUUCCAGCACGGGUGACGGCCAUCUCCACCAAACAACGACCCAUCAAGACUGGAGGCAUGGCCAGCCUGUAUGAGGUGAGCUAUAUUGAGAAAUCUGGGUCUGCCCAUGCCCUUUAUGACAUUGUCAUAGUGGCCACCCCACUCCACCAGGGCCUCUCCCAGAUAGCCUUCCAUGGCUUCUCCCCCUCCAUCCCAUCGCACUUCCCUGGACGCUACCACCAAACCAUUGCCACCCUGGUCCACGGCCUCCUCAACACCUCCUUCCUGGGGGUUGCUGAUCCGCCAUCCGAGUUUUUUGUGUCUGACAUCCUCACCAUGGAACACAAGGGCUCCAUCUUCAACAGCCUCAGCUCCAUCGACCCGGUCCAUGUCCCACCUGGCUACUCUCGUCCUGCAGCCAGCGUCCGGAAGGUGUGGAAGGUGUUCUCACCCCAGCCGCUGACUGACACCCAGCUCUCCCAGAUGUUCUUGUCCUGGGAGAAGGUUUCGGAGAAGCGAUGGCUGGCGUAUCCCUCUUACAGCCAACCAAACAGGAGGACACCCCCUUUUGUGCUGCAUGAGCGGUUGUACUACUUGGGUGCGGUUGAGUGGGCGGCCAGUGCCAUGGAGAUGAGUGCCAUCUCCGCCAGGAAUCUAGCACUGCUGGCACAUCACCGCUGGCAUGGGAUGAAAGGUAAAAUUGAUCAGGAAGACCUACAUACCAGACUGAGGAGUGAGCUAUAGGGAGGGAAGCAGGACUGUGAGAUUGAAGGCCGCAGCAGAAGGAAAAAUUAGAGUAGAGGGAGGGGUAG